CAUUCUUCAUCUUGUGAACAAAGCUCCAACUGGCUUUGAAAGGACGCAAAAUGGCGGACCGCGUUUGCUAGACAAAGACGGCGAAUCCCCUCUUACCGCCCGAUCCAUGUUAAAGCGAAGAAUAGAGUCGACCAGUUGAGAGUGUACCGUCGGUGAAGGCUCCCGACAUGGUACCAAAACAGUGAGAAAGCCGUUAGUGAUCUUAAAUAGUAACUCAGUGCCAAAAUAUACAGGAUUUAUAACUAAAAUCACCGCACCGAUAAAAACAAAAAAUCAUCCAAGAUGAGCGUCUUCGGAAUGGUGUCCGCUGUUGCGGGCUUCUUCAAAGUCCGCUAUCUCGUCGACAAGGCCAUGAUCGACAAUAUCGUUUUCCGGGCACACUAUCGAGUAACAUCCGCUAUUCUAUUCGUCUGCUGCAUCAUCGUAACUGCGAAUAAUCUCAUAGGUUAUCCAAUUCAAUGCAUAAACGACCGCGGUGUCCCCGGGCACGUCAUUAACACCUACUGCUGGAUCACCUACACCUUCACCCUUCCCCACGAACAAGGCAGACACAUAGGGACAGAAGUAGCUCAUCCGGGUUUAGGAAACGAAAACCAAGAAAGACGCUACCACAGCUACUACCAGUGGGUACCGUUCGUACUAUUUUUCCAAGGAGUAUUAUUCUACAUGCCUCACUGGGUUUGGAAAAUCUGGGAAGACGAAAAAGUCCGCACGAUCUCCGAAGGCAUGCGAGGCGAUUUAGUCGGGGCGAAAGAACAACGCGAAAGACGCCAAUCCCGAGUGGUGCAGUACCUGGUGGAAAGCAUGCACAUGCACAACACGUACGCUUUCGGGUACUUCGUCUGUGAAGCGCUCAACUUUAUCAAUGUGAUGGUCAAUAUAUUCAUGACGGAUAAGUUCCUCGGGGGCGCCUUCCUCAGCUACGGCACCGACGUCAUCAACUUCUCAAACAUGAACCAGGAGAACCGCACCGACCCCAUGGUGGCCGUUUUCCCCCGCGUCACCAAGUGCACCUUCCACAAGUUCGGUGCGUCUGGAACUAUCCAGAAACACGACGCUCUCUGCGUGCUCGCUCUCAACAUCCUCAACGAAAAAAUCUACAUUUUCCUGUGGUUCUGGUUCAUUAUUCUCGCCGUAUUCUCGGGAUUGGCUAUGGUUUAUUCCGCCGCUGUUGUUCUCCUGCCUAGCACCCGCGAAAUGAUCCUGAAACGGAAGUACCGCUUCGGCGCCCCCAAUGCCGUCGACACGAUCGUAAGGAAGACACAAGUGGGGGAUUUCCUUUUAUUGCAUCUCUUGGGCCAGAAUAUGAACGUGAUGGUGUUCGGGGAGAUAUUGGAUGAGUUCGUGCGUCGGCUGAAUUUCGGGAGCAAUUGUAACUUGCCGUCUGCGCCGAGCACGCUGGAGAUGAGCCCCAUUUAUCCCGCGAUUGAGAAAUACGGGAAAGAGACUGAGACUUGAGCUUCGCCGUUUUUAGUAUCUUAAAUUUCGACUUUUUACUUUUAUUUUGUGAUUUAUUUUAUAUUUAGGUCUGCUUCGCUCAUUUUAUCGACUAGGUGAGACUGUUUUCUUUAAAUAUAAGCGCCUUUAAGAAGA